GGCGCGCUCCACCGGCUCGCUGCUCUCCGCGCCACCCUCCUCCGGGCCGCGCUCCCUGAGGGAUGGUACUGAAUUUCGCCAGCACAGGAGCCCGGCUGGAGUGCCCGCCCCGCGGCCUCGCCUCCUCGCCGAGCCGCCAGCGCCUCGGGACGCGAUGAGGACCUGGGCUUGCCUGCUGAUUCUCGGCUGCGGAUACCUCGCCCAUGCCCUGGCCGAGGAAGCCGAGAUCCCCCGCGAGGUAAUUGAGAGGCUGGCGCACAGUCAGAUCCACAGCAUCCGGGACCUCCAGCGACUCCUGGAGAUAGACUCCGUAGGGGCUGAGGAUGCUCUGGAAAGCGGCCUGAGAGCCCACGGGGGCCACGCCACCAAGCGCGCACCUGAGAGGCGGCCCGUGCCCGUUCGGAGGAAGCGGAGCAUUGAGGAAGCUGUCCCUGCUGUCUGCAAGACGAGGACGGUCAUUUAUGAGAUACCUCGUAGCCAAGUGGACCCCACCUCUGCCAACUUUCUGAUCUGGCCCCCGUGCGUGGAGGUGAAACGCUGUACCGGCUGCUGCAACACCAGCAGCGUCAAGUGUCAGCCAUCCCGCGUGCACCACCGCAGCGUCAAGGUGGCCAAGGUGGAGUACGUCCGGAAGAAGCCCAGGCUGAAGGAGGUACAGGUGCGGCUGGAGGAGCACCUGGAGUGCGCGUGCCUGCCCGCCGGCCCGAGCCCGGACCACCGGGAGGAGGAGGCAGGGAGGCGUAGGGAAUCAGGUAAAAAGCGGAAAAGGAAAAGGUUAAAACCCACCUAACCCGCCGACCAGAUGUGAGGUGAGGAUGAGCUAGCAGCCCUUUCCCGGGACAUGGAUGUACAUGGCGUGUUACAUUCCUGAACCUACUAUGUACGGUGCUUAUUGCCAGUGUGCAGUCUUUGUUCUCCUCCGUGAAAAACUGUCUCCACGCACACUCUGGAGAACAAAGAGACAGUAUACGUUUGUUUAAUGUGACAUCAAAGCAAGUAUUGUAGCACUCGUGAGACAGUGAGAAGCGGCCCUGUCGAAACAGAGAGCGAGCGAAACCGCAGACACACUGAACUGACUCACAGACUCACCUAAGCGGGCGCGGGGAUGGAGGCGCGCCCAGGGGUGGGAGCGCCGGACGCCGCAGCGGAUGGACUUCUGUCCAGGGCGGUCGCAGGUGCUUUGGCCGAGGACGCAGACGAGCCUGCUCUUUCCGGAAGACUGACCGGCGCCGCGGCUCCGAGGGGGCGUGCGGGAGCCGAGUGUCUCGGAGACGCCGCGGGACUUCAGAAACCACAUCUCCUUGCUGUAGUGUUUCAGUCUAUACAGAACCUUCCUGAGAGCCUUAAGUGGGUUUUUUUUUUACACCAUAAAGUGAUUAUUAAGCUUUCCUUUUUACUCUUGGCCUAGCUUUUUUUUUUUUUUUUUUUUAAAUUAUCUCCCGGACGACGCCGACACCGAUAGCACCAGGCCGCUGCACCAGGCAGGCAGUGAGACGGGAUUUCCCUCGCAGGACGCAAGCGAAUGAGAUGUAUUAAAAUAAACAUGGUAA